AUGUCAAAAAUAUCCUUGAAAUUGGGACGGGCUUUACAACGUGAACGAGAAUUAUUUAGGACUGGCCCUGUAAAUAAUUUCAAGAAAUCUCUGGCACCACCACCAGCAAAGAAGCCACGUGAACGAGAAUUAUUCAGGACUGGUCCUGGAAGUAAUUUCAAGAAAUCUCUGCCAUCACCAGCAACACUAAAGAAGCCACAUGAAAGAGAACUAUUCGGGACUGGUCCUGGAAAUAAUUUCAAGAAAUCUCUACCACCACCAGCAGCAAAGAAGCCACGUGAACGAGAAUUAUUCAGGACUGGUCCUGGAAAUAAUUUCAAGAAAUCUCUGUCACCACCAGCAGCACCAAAGAAGCCACAUGAACCAGCACCAAAGAAGCCACAUGAACGAGAAUUAUUCAGGACUGGUCCUGGAAAUAAUUUCAAGAAAUCUCUACCACCACCACCACCACUAAAGAAGCCACGUGAACGAGAAUUAUUCAGGACUUGUCCUGGAAAUAAUUUCAAGAAAUCUCUGCCACCACCAGCAGCAUCACCAAAGAAGCCACAAGAACGAGAAUUAUUCAGGGCUGGUCCUGGAAAUAAUUUCAAGAAAUCUCUACCACCACCAGCAGCAAAGAAGCCACGUGAACGAAAAUUAUUCAGGGCUGGUCCUGGAAAUAAAUUCAAGAAAUCUCUGCCACCACCAGCAGCACCAAAGAAGCCAUAUGAACGAGAAUUAUUCAGGACUGGUCAUGGAAAUAAUUUCAAGAAAUCUCUACCACCACUGGCAGCAAAUAAGCCACGUGAACGAGAAUUAUUCAGGACUUGUUCUGGAAAUAAUUUCAAUAAAUCUCUACCACCACCAGCAGCAAAGAAGCCACGCGAACGAAAAUUAUUUAGGACUGAUCCUGGAAAUUAUUUCAAGAAAUCUGAUCUACCAUCGGGACAUUAUUAA